AUGGCGUGGAAAUUGCUUCUCUUUCUCAGCUGGCUCUUUGUGUUGCCUGCCUACGUCACAUCUUCAGACCUAGUUGUGAGGAAUCUCCCUGGAAAGUCCUCCGACGAGACGGUAUACGAGGUCCGAAGACGUCUUGCCAAUAGAGUCAAGAGAGCCGGGACAGAUGUCAUAUUCGACAACUCGACGUCCUUUUCCCUCGGCCUCGACGGCACAACCAUCUUCAAGUACCCCUUUGAAGACGCCUCUGACGACGGCGUAUCAGCAAGCAUCUCCAUCAUCUGCACAAAAUGCUACAUCAAAGGCCGCGCCAGCGCAAAGCUCACGGCCAACGGCUCCUUCAACAUCACCUCGGCCAUCGACAAGGCAAAAGACAACUUUGAAACCACAUGGCACAACCUCACAGACUAUGCCCAGAACCUCACGCACACCAUCCUCGGCGAAAUCGGAUCCGACAUCAAGCACCUUGACUUUGACGAGCUCGUCGCCGAUGUCAAGGACAUUGAUCCUCCGGACCUUGACAUGAACCUCAAUCUCUUGUUCCCAGAGUACAAUGUCGGCGUGAAUUUGACGGACCUGGAGAUUUACAUGGAGCUUGACACGGUUCUCUCGGCGGGCAUCACUUACACCUUCAACCUCUACCAAAGUGAGACGAUCGUGGGCAUCGCCCUCGGAGACGACCUCCUCCUCGGCGCCGUCUUCUCCAUCGACCUCAUCUUCAGCGUCGACGGCAAACUCGACAUUAGCAGUGGCUUCCACGUCCACUUCGACAAUGUCCUGACCCAUAUCACUCUCUUUGGCAAAGAAGCCUCCAAAAUUGACUUGCUCGCAUUCCUCCCCGUAAAGAUCCGCUACGGCAACGUGCUCCUCAAAGCCAUCCUCCGCGUCGAGGCCCGCAUCGGCAUCGCCUUUGAGACCUUCAUCGACGGCAUCUCCAUCGACGCAGUAGGCCUCAAGGCCCUCAAGAUUGGCGCCGGCGUGGAAGCCCGCGUCUACGCCAACAUUGCCGAGUUCGUCACAAACAUUACCCUCGCCGAAGUCGACGUCCCCACAAAGAGAGACGACGACGACGACGACAAUGACGAUGGCAACAACAACAGCACAGACAAUUGUCUGCUGAGCAUGGCCCAAGCCUUCACCUUCGGCAUCGGCGCCGCGGCCGGAGCAACCGUCGAGCUCAUCGGCAACACAUGGGGCCCUUCGCCCGAGACGGAGAUUCCCAUCUUCUACACCACUCUCGCACAAGUCUGCGCCCUCACCAGCACAUCCUCGACCGCAACCAUCUCAGCCACAACGACGACAACCACCACCUCUCCUCCCUCAUCCGCCGCUAACCCCAAGAACAAGCGUGCAGACACUCCCUCCGUCACGCGCAAAGUCACGUCCGAAACCCAAGUCGCCACAGUCUGCGCCUCUCCCGGCCUCAUCAACUGCCCGGCCUCGCUGCAAACCGUAACGAGAAACGUCAUCACAAAGACGCUCACCUCGACAAUCACGCCCGGCGUGUCUGUCGUCUGGUCCACGGCAACCGCCGCCUCCGUCUUCAACACGGUGGCCUUCAAGGACAACGCCGUGACAAUGACGAGCUCAUCCGGAAAACCAAAGACCUACACUCCGCCUCCGCCCCCACAGACAAGCACAUCCUUGCCUUCAGGAUCCUCUUCGCCAGGAGACGACGACGCUUCGGCGGAGGGAAAGUCCGGGUCACACCGCGUUAGCAACGCCGUCAUCAUCGGCGUCAGCGUCGGCCUCGGCGUCCCUGCUCUCCUCGCAGCCAUAGGGGCAUUCAUUUACUUCUUCCGCCGCAACCGUAGGGCGUCAUCCAUGCUGGUACCAGCAGAACCUGCGACCACCGUAAUCGCAAAGGCUCAGCCAGUCGUGGCCACUUAUGCCCCUGUCCGCCCAGAUGACGAUUUAUGA